GUCCUUUCGAUUCGGCUCAGUCCCCACCGAAUUUGGAGAAAUUACGUAUACCUCUCCCUACUACCACCUACCAACCUGGAACCCACGACCCAAGCCGUACGGCAGCACCUCGGGGUGGCCGGGUGCACUCGUUCACCGAGCCAGUGUUCCAUGGCGAAAUGGGAGAGAAUCCGAAGCGACAUUGUUGGGAAUGCCUUCGGCGCUGUGUUGUUUGCGACUCGACGAGACCAGCAUGCAACAGGUGCACGGCAGCCGGGGGUGUGUGCCCUGGAUACGGCGACGUCAAGCCAACGCGCUUGGUAUGGCUUGCGCCUGGGAAAGUGAAAUCUCGAGUUCGAAGACGAAAAGGGUCACCGGCUUUGUCCGCCGAACCGCCGAGCCAGCUCCCGGGUCAUCCAAGCCCGGCGCCACACGCUUACCCUAAUGGCGUCGUCUACGACUGCAUCCCGCGCUUCGGCGUGAAUACUGACGCUGAUGCCGUGGUUCACGCUGCAGAGUACUACAACGUCUGCAUCUACGAAGAUCUAAUCCCUAUCCGAGAACUCGGAGACAACCCCGCCAUAUAUCGGAUAUCGCCGUCCCUCAUUAGGGAGGCCGUUUCCCUCCCCGAUUACCUGCAACGCGGGAUGCUUUGCAUGGCCCUCAGCCAUCGGAUGAACCGCGCCUGGGGCGACUCGCGGGUCGACCACAGGGCCUUGGCGGAGAGGUUCUAUGUCCAUCGGGGCAAUGCCAUUCGCUCUCUGAGAGAGUUGCUGAACCAGGAGAGUCACCGCACAGGUGACGUUGUCAUUGCCGGGAUCGUGACCCUCCUACUGGUUGACCUUCAGCAGGGCGCUUCCCUAAACUGGCGGUCACACCUCGAGGGCGCCAUCAAGCUGAUCCAAUUACGUGGCGGGUUUGCCGCCUUGGCCAGCUCCAAAAUCUUGGAGCCGCAGCUCCUCCUCCUCUGCUUCAUGGCCGUUAUUGGUAACACCACCUGUCCCGCGUCCGAUCUCUCCAUGACCCCAGCACACCUCGCCGCGCUCGACGUCAUCCUACGGUCGUACGGCACCGGCCUCGCUCCCUUCCAGAUGUGCCCCCCACCGCUAUUCGGCGAGGUCAUCAGAAUCAACCACCUCCGGUGGCGGGCCACAAAUCACACCCACCACGCCGAACUGGCACAAGAAGCCUACGAAAUCCAGAGCCGCAUCCACGGCUUCUCCCCGGAGCACUGGGCCGACACCAAACCCUGCGCGCGGGAGGACUGGGCCCUGGUCGGCCGCAUCUACCACGCUGCCGUGGCUUUGUACUGGGCGUCCGCCCUACAGAGCCUGUCCGUGCUAGUCCCGACCCCGCCCCUGCGGGCCGAGUGUGCCGAGCGCGCCCGCCUAUUACACCAGCUGCUCGCGCGGGCGGCCACGUGCCCGCCCAUCAAACGGUACACGCUCUGGCCGCUGGUGGUGUUGGGUGUGCAGGCGGCCCAGACCCAUGCCCAUGCCCACGACGUCCACGGCGGCUGUGGGGUGCAGGAGAUGCGGGACUUCGUCGCGGCCCAGCUGCCCGUCCUCGCCCGCUACGGCGGCACGUACGCGCCGCUCAUGGCCAAGGUCGUGUUGGAGAGGUUCUGGGCGUCGGGGGAAACUCGGUGGGACGCGUGCUUUGACCGGCCUUAUGCGUUCGUCAUGCAGAUUGCGGUAGACACGAGUCGGAUCAUGAGCGCCGCUCCAGGUGAGGGUUCAGCCCCAGGCAGUCCUUAGACUACAUUACAUGUAGAGUAUUGUGUCUUUUUAGAGUGUGUUCACCUCAAUUGUUUUCAUAUGUAUCGGAAGCAGGGACCCAAUCAAUGGUCGAGAAUCAUCACAUCAACAUGAGAAGAAAUGUGACGGCCUCUGAGAUUCGAAUAUAGCCAGAAAUAAUACGACUAACUACCUGUGUACCUAGAUUCUACCGAUCUUGUCGUUGAGUGCCUAAGCACCUCUCCCAAAGCUCCGCUAAGCCUCCGCGUCAGGCGU